GGACUGGGUGAAAUUACCACGCAGGCGCAGUGUGAGAGGUAUUCAAAAAUACUUCCUGGUCAACAAAGGCACUCUGUUGACAUUUUAUUGAUGCUAAACUACAUUUGAUUUCGAGGCGUCGGCAUCUAUGCUUUUCUACAGCCUAUUUCUUCUACACUUCCUAUUAACAAUCCUGAAAGCAUUUUCUCUAGUAAUGGCAAAUUCAUUUGCUUUUCACACUCAGCUAGCCUCCAUCAUGGAGGUUUUGGCUAAUGCGGCCGUGGCUGAAAUCUGCGAGCUUGUUGACAAUGGCUAUGCCGUCCUGCAUGUGGAGAUAUCUCGAGGCCAGAAGGAGAAUGAAACAUUGAGGAGAAAACUACGGCUGAUGGAGAUGAAAGUGUCUAGUGCGAGUACUCCGAGAGAGGGAAUGGGAAGCUCCAUCCUUCCGCACAGUCGCUCUCGAGCUCACCUUGGCAUGGAAUCGAAAAGGACAUCAAACAGCGAGGUACGAUGUCGGGGAGCAAUUGAUUCCAAGUUGGUAACCAGCAUGUUUAGGCACAGAGAGUCCUCAGGUGACACUGGACAAACGACAACACCGAGAAAGACUGCAGGGUUGGAAGAGAUAAACCCCAAAUCACCUACCAUCAAAGAGGAGAUGUGGGAAGAAUCCUGGGAGAAUCAUGACCAAUGGGGGAGACUGAGUAGUGGAGCUUUAAAUCACAGUGCUGAUGGAGGAGAAAGGCAAUCCAACGUCGACACAGAGGCUGCUCAACCAAUCAGCAAACAGGAGAAUGCCAGCUCUUGUUUAUGGGUGAGUGGUGAAACGGACAACAACCUCCUGCCAGGAUCAAAUAACCUGAGUGUGAACAAAAGAUCUCUAAACCCAGGACUGGAAAAUGGUGAUGGAAUACUUAAAAGUGUGGGCUUUGAUUGUAUGAUGUUUGAGCCCCACAGACAACUUGGGACCCUUCGCACACAGGGUUCUGGGGCUGAUCUUCCCGAGUGCUCUUACUCUCAUGUGGAUGUUGUACCUACUCAAUCGGAGUCAGAGAAUGGAUUCCCCUAUGAAAUGAGCAAAGUGAUUCCCUCCAUAACUGAGCACAAAAAACAUGUCGCUUACCAGGACGGGAGACAGAGGGCGCCGUUGCCCUCAGAGCCUCACAGGACUGUAGGAAAAGGCAUGGAAACAGGAUCCAAUGGUUUGGUCUCCCAUGACAGUCAUAACAAUGAUGGGAGUAACAAUGGUGACGUCUCAGCAGGUAAGCUGUUAAUUUGUAGUUUCUGCGGUAAGACUUUGGCUUGUCUGAAGAAUCUCAAGACACACCUGAGGGUUCAUACUGGUGAGAAGCCGUUCAGCUGCGCGCAGUGCGGGAAGCGCUUCUCUGACUCCAGCAACCUCAAGCGACACCAGAGCGUUCACACGGGGGAGAGACGCUACGGCUGCAGCCACUGCGGCAAGCGCUUCGCACAGUCGGGCUCACUCAAAGUGCACAUGAGCGUACACACGGGAUGUAAGCAGUUCAGAUGUAUGCACUGUGGGAAGACUUUCAUAUCGGCCAAUCACCUCAAUAGACACAUCAGUGUUCAUGAUGGAUAAAUACUUUUACCAACAACUUUUCAAUGGGUGAAAGCAUACCUAAACGUGCUUCAGCCAAGCUUGAACAGAAAAGGGACUCGGAGGUUGGCAUUUAUUGGGAUGACUCAUGUACAGCUCUGCAGGGUAGUCAGCCACAGUCAUAAAAUCAGCUUUUUAAACCAAACACUAAACUUAAAUUAAGACCAAAAAGCUAAAACAAAAAAAAUUGUACAAUAUACGGUGCUUUUGGAAAGUCUUCAGACCCCUGGACUUUUUCCACAUUGUUACAUUAGCCUUAUUCUAAAUUCAAUUAAAUUGCCCCCACUCCCUCAAUCUACACACACUACCCAAUAAUGACAAAGCAUAAACAGGUUUAGACAUUUUUGCAAGAUGUAGAAACAUCAAGGGUGAUCAGUGGAGACAUGGUGCACCUGAGCUCAAUUUUGAAUCUCAUAGCAAAGGGUCUGAAUAAUUAUGUAAAUAAGCUAAUUCUUAUUUGCUAAAAUUUCUAAAAACCUGUUCACCUUUGUCAUUAUGGGGUAUUGUGUAUAGAUUGAGGGACAAUUUUAAUUUAAUCCAUUUUAGAAUAAGGCUGUGACUUAACAAAAUGUGAAAAAAGGAAGGGGUCUGAAUACUUUCCGAAUGCACUGUGUAUAGCCAAUUAUGAUUUUGCAGCUGGCCCGUCUAGUGGAAAUCGCUCAACUGUGCCUCCAGGACAACAGUCAUCCCAAUAAAUGUCAACCUGCAAAGGAAUCGGGUGCUUGACUGACGGACUUUAUAGUCCAAAAAUGAUUCCGUACACUUUUCAAUGUGUUUUUGUAACUAUCGUUGUUGUUAGUCACUCAUCAUCUGACAUGACAGUGCCUCAUUUGAGGAAAAUAGUGAUAGUAUGUAGACGUGUAAGUGGUAUUGUCAAACAAAUAACUUUCAUGGUGCAAAUUUUGUAAUAGUGUAUUAACCAGACAGUUUUUAUUUAUUUUUUUACAAUAAUACGAGCAUGGUGUAGUCAUGAUUUAAUAGGGUUCCUAAAAGAGCCAGUCAAAUUGAAUGGAUGGAUGUUGCACAGGCUCACUGCUACAUGAAGGCCUCUUACAGUCAAUGAAAUAUUUACUGCCCUAUCAAUCUAAGUCUCUACUCCUCAGCUGGUGCAGAAAGUGUUCAGUGGUUUGAACACUGACGAGUCAUUCAUGAUACAUUUCACGGUCACGUUAUAGACUCGCAUUAGAAACAGAAUAUUUCCAGAGAUCCUGAAAAUGCACUGAAAAUAUUGAAUCUUAAAAAUAAGGUCACAUACUUGGACAACUAUAAAAAAUGACAUUUAAUAAAAGUUGUAUAAGCCAAUUGAGUUGAACUAUUUUACAAAUCUGUUAGAAAAGAUUAACAUUUCAGUGCAAUAUAGCUCAUUAACUAUUAAAGAAUAUAAAAACAGUACAGACAGACAAUGAUUACAUUUUCAGAUACAUCCAAUGUGAGUGCAAAAGAUAAACAUGCAUACAAGAACCACACAUUUUGCAAAUGUGGAAACUAGUUGAGUAUCAAAGCAAUACAAAUUAUGAUUAUAUAAAAAAAGUAACAUUUCAAACUGGUUUAUGUAAAGGUACACAAUAGGAAAUUACUUAAAUCUCAAGGUCUUGUAAAGUACAUUCAGUAUAUGCCAAUAAAUCAUGAAUAUUACAAAGAAAUAACAGCCAUGUUGUCUUCAUAUACUGUAGUAUGUACAUUAGCCUUUGUUUACAAUAAACUAGCAAUAAAAUGGUGUCUACCGGCAACUUUUUUUUAUAUAUUAAUUUUGGCUUAUUGAUGAAGUAUUGGUGAUUUAACACUUUCUGGUCAGAGAAUUGUCUCAUUUGGAGUAAUCAUUCAGAUUUGGCACUUGGAGUGAAUACAUACAGCAAUACUUCUCAAGUCACUUUCGUCUGGACAAACAGUACAUAUAUGGAGACAAUUAAAUACAACUUUUCUAAAGGACCAACAACAUCCAAUGUAUUACAAAGAAUGGCCAGUUGAGAUGUACAGUACAAAAUGAACUCAUUAUUAAAGUACAAAUCACCUAUUUUUAGAUUCUCAAAAAAUCCUGCUGUAGUUUGAGGUCCAAACAUGACUCAUAUUUCAACUUUAUAAAGCUAUACAAUAUGAACUUUAUUCAGCUACUUGCUGUGCCCUGUUCCUUUUCCUGACAGAAAACACACUUUCCCUCUGGGUUGAUAAACAACCAUAAUUACUCAGCUUUCAAUGCCAUUACAUACUCAACAUUGUACCAUUUAAUGAGUCAAAUAAAGGGGGGGGCGAUUGUGUUAUUCUUUGCCGCCGUCAUUAUGCUCAAUCUCAACAUUCACAUUCCAUUAUUGUGAUCCACUGAUAAGUGGUUGUGGUUAACCACAAGAGACAGCUAGUGGUAUGAGUAUUAUGAAAAUGACCACCUCUUCCCCAUAUCCCUUGAAUACAAACAUUUCUAUACACGUUUCAGCACUACCAUGAGCAGAUAGGCAUCCUCACACAGGGCUGACUUUUCUUUUCCGGCAGCAUUUUCUGUCACUUCCCUGUAUUUGAACUGUUAUCUGAUUCCGCAGUCUACUGCCUACUGACAUGUAGCCCUGUUUAGUUUAGCAGGCACAGCAUGCUAUUAGCUAAGCCAGGCUAAAGAAGGCACUUAGCAUGUUGUAUUUCCAUUUGCUUCUAUUCAGAUUAAAAGUUGCAGCUGUCAUUUUUGUGAGGAAAAAACAGGUCUCAGACUGCAAGCCACUGCUACUUUAAUGGCCCUGCAAUUGUAUUCAAAAUACUGGAAGCUAGAAAAUAAGUAACACUGGACAGCCCUAAAAAACCCAAGAUCAACUAUCAACAAUCAACAACAAUAUCAAUUCAGGUAUUCAGAAUAUAUUAAAAACGUGUGCAUAAUAUAUGAUAUGAAUAUUACCGACUUAUUUUUAUAUUCAGGAUUAUGGGAAACAUCUUGGACAAUCAAAUGGCAGUGAUCAGUGAGCAAAAUAACUAGCAUAGUCCGGAAGGCAUAUUAUCCCAAUACAAGUUCCAAAUACGCAAUGCAUCGUCACGUGCAUCGUAGUUUACAAAAAUACAGUUAAAAUUAUCUUCUUCUAACGUGGAAUUUCAAAUGAAAUUGCUUUUGAUUAUGCGUUUUAUUGUAUUUAUUCCACUGAUCUGUGCUCAUUUUUGCAUGACCAGUGUCACCCUAUACCCGCUCAAUUGAGCCCAAUAACCUGCUUUUAUGACCAGAUUAAUGGAACUCGUGUUACAUUAUGUGAAAGUGCAAUCUACACGCAUUUAUCUAAUGAAAUGUAAGAAUCUAUAUUACUCUUUUUCUUGUGGUCCACAUCCACCCUUUUCAUUAUCAUAGAUUCAUUUCAUGAGUAAACAGAUAUUGUGUGUGUGUGUGUACGCACAGCUUUCAUCUACUCAUUCUUUGAUGUAAUAUCCUGGAACAAAAAUUAAGAACAAAGUUAUUGACCACGUUAAUGUAAAACAUGUGGUUGCCUGAGGUCAAAAUAAAUGUAAUUUAAUAUUUGAGAA